CUCUAGUUUAUGAUAUACAGAGCAACUCAACAAUUCACCAUUAUGUCAUUUGGGGUUCUUCUUCAUCACUAUGAAGUUUGAAUUCCACUCAAAAAAGAAAGGUUUUCUUCACCUGAAACAGGGACUACGAAACGUAGCGAUAAUGGCAUUUGACUGUGCUAUUUGUGAAAACUUGAAGAGUUUCGCUAAAAACAAGCCACCAAUGGUACUGUUUGUGAUAAGCCUAGGGACCUUUGCCGUGGUGCUGCUAACUCUAGCAUACAUAGUCAAAGUCAAAGAACUACCCAAUCCAGAUCUCACAAAGGUAUUAUAUCUACAAAUAUUCUGA